AUGUCAUCAUCCCAUUCGACUCCCAUAGGACAUAAUGAGUUUGUACGAAUAACUUGUCAGGUAUGUGGUGACAAAAGUUCUGGACGACAUUAUGGUCUAUGGACAUGCGAUGGGUGCAGUUGCUUUUUUAAACGAAGUAUUAGACGCAACAUUAGCUACACCUGCGUUUCUGGUGGUAAUAACUGUCCUGUUGAUAAAACACGCCGGAAUUGGUGUCCCUCAUGUCGAUUGCGCAAGUGUUUUCAAAUGCAAAUGAACAAGAAUGCAGUGCAGAAAGAACGUGGUCCACGUGGAGAUAAACGAUCAAAAUUAUUGACAGAGUAUUCAGUCAUUGAAAAAAAGGAACAAAUGUUGAUAGAAGCAAUUCGACGUCCACUUAAUGUAAUUUUGAUGAGUUUUGUCUCGCCGAAAGAUCAAUUUGUAAUCCUAUCUCGGUACUGGCCAGUAUUCUUCAUACUUCAAUGCACUGCUGCUGUAGAGCUUCCACCUCUUCGUGAUCUAAAGCUAAAUGAAGUGAUACAAUCAGCAAGGAGAGACAACUAUAUGAGAAAUUUAGACAGUGAAGAAAUACGGCUAACAACCUGUUACGCUCUCUGCAAAUUAGGUCGGAGAAAUGGGGAGUUAAGUUUUGCUUCCAGCUUGGAUAGUACUUAUCGAUAUUGGUUAUCACGUCAUUGCUCUAUUUUUUAUCCACACUUAUUAAAUCGAGACGAACAUAUCGUGAACUAUACGGACUUUAUAUUGCUGUAUUGUGAGUAUAUCUCGAUAACCGAUGAGUUUACACCAUUUACGCAUCCAGCAGAUGUUAUUCGAACUCUUCUAGAUAUUCAUGAAUCGACUUGA